CAGAUAAGGAUCAUAACUAGAUAUGGCGGACAGAAAGUCAGAACGUCAGGUGGGAAUCAUAGGAAGUGGGUUAAUUGGGCAUAGCUUUGCUAUGCUUUAUGCUGCAGCUGGAUAUCGAGUGCGCAUGUACGAUAUAAAACCAGAACAGCUCCGGCAUGCGUUAUCCAUCAUUGACGACCAACUUGAGCAUCUAUCUCAAAAUGAAUUGUUACGAGGAAAACUCACAAUCAAAGAGCAAAGGGCACUGAUCACCGGAACUAACGACUUUGCCGAGUGUGUCAAGGACGCCUUCUUUAUACAAGAAUGUGUGAACGAGAGCCUGGAGUUGAAGCGGGAGGUCCAUGCUAAGAUCGAUCCCAUCUGUAGAAAGGACGCCAUUAUUUCAAGCUCCACUAGUGCACUGGUUCCGUCUCUUAUUUCUGAGAAUCUCACCAACAAGAAUAGAUUCAUCGUUUGUCAUCCGACAAAUCCUCCAUUCUAUGCCCCUUUGGUGGAGGUGAUUCCAGCCCCUUGGACAGAUCCAGAGGUCGUAAUUACGACCAAGGAACUGAUGGCAGAAAUUGGACAGGUUCCCGUCAUUGUGAAGAAGGAGAUUGACGGAUUUGUCUUCAAUAGGAUUCAGUAUUCAAUCAUUGGAGAAUGCUGGAGACUCUAUGAGGAGGGGGUAAUGAGCGCAGAGGACAUUGAUAAGGUGAUGUCGGAGGGACUAGGACGGAGGUACGCAUUCAUGGGUCCCCUGGAAAUAACCUACCUUAACGCCGACGGACUGCUCAUUUUUGGGGAUCUAUACCGUGAGACGCUAUACAGAGUUCAGUGCUCGUUUGGGCCCCCAAAGAAAAUGGAGGGUCCCACGCUCGAAAAAAUGCACAACGAAAUCGCAGCUAGAAUCCCGUUGGAUAAGCUCUACGAGAGAAGAAAAUGGCGUGACAUUCGUCUUGCAUCACUUCAGAAGUUAAUAAAUGAACUAGAUGAAUCUCAUCCAAAAUAAACUUGGUUUUAAGAGAGAAGUACUAGUGUUCAAUUGAAAUAUAUUUCCGUUGAUGUUCUGAUUUUGUAAGUCUAGAUACUGUUUAGGAAUAUGUUCAGCAAAACAAUAUGUAUCCAAUAAAUAAAACUAUGUUUUACUAAUUUACUGCAGGUACAAAAUGUGAUGAUGAAUUUUUUGAAUCAGAUUUUGCAGAAUUUUAAAAAGGUUUAGGAAUGCUCUUAGCUUAUGUUUCGUGUUCUUAACAAGCAGUUAAGACUCACGAUAAUAAGCAGUUGUUAAGAUGUACGAUAAUUUGUAUACUUUUUUUCGGUUUUCUUUACAACCAGUUGUUAAGUAUUUGAAAAUAAAAUGUUUAAAAUGU